CAAGUGAAAACAAAAUUUUUAUAUAACUAACUAUAAACGAAAACAAACAUUCACGCAUGUCAAAAUCUAGUUAGUACAUUACAAAAGAACCAAACCUAUAUUUUAGUUGUUUUAGUUGCAUUUGCUUACUAAUGACUACCUCUUAUAUUGAUUACUUUAGUUUCUUGGACAAAGCAGCCAUAGUGACCGAGGAAGACAAUUUAAAACCAGGUCAAAUCCCAAACCCAUGGAGGUUAAACACAGUCCACCGAGUCGAAGAGCUUAAAUCCGUGAUCCGAAUGGGUCCAAUUGGAGCCUCUGGAAUCCUCCUAAUCACAGCCUAUGCUCAACAAGGAACAUUCUCUCUUCAACAAGCCAAAACCAUGAACCGACACUUAACCAAAUCAUUCCAAAUCCCAGCCGGUUCAAUGUCAGUCUUCACAACCGUCUCAAUGCUCUCCACUAUCAUCUUAUACGACCGCUUCUUGAUAAAAAUAGCUAAAAAUUUCACUGGUCUCGAACGAGGCAUCACAUUCCUCCACCGUAUGGGAGUUGGUUUCUUGAUCUCAAUCCUCGCAACUCUUGUCGCUGGAUUCAUCGAGAUCAAACGCAAGCACGUAGCUAUCGUGCAUGGACUUUUGGAUAAACCACACACAAUGGUUCCUAUCUCGUUUCUUUGGUUGAUUCCUCAAUAUAGUCUCCAUGGAGUUGCUGAGGCUUUCAUGUCAAUAGGACAUAUGGAGUUUUUCUAUGACCAAGCGCCGGAGAGUAUGAGGAGUACGGCGAUGGCGCUUUUUUGGGUGGCGAUUUCGAUAGGGAACUAUGUGAGCACUUUGCUUGUGACUUUGGUUCAUAAAUUCAGCGCUAAACCGGAUGGGAGCAAUUGGUUACCGGAUAACAAUUUAAACCGGGGGAGACUUGAAUACUUUUACUGGUUAAUCACUAUUUUACAAGUUGUUAAUCUUGUGUAUUAUCUUUGGUGCGCCAAGAUAUACACGUAUAAACCGGUUCAGGUGCAUCAUAGCAAGGAAGUCAAUAGUCCGGUUAAAGAGGAAUUACAGUUAUCUAGUAAGAGUUUAGUUGAUGCAUAAGUCUUAGGGUGUGUGUAAUGUAAAUUCAAUGCUAGUUGUUGUCUGCACGAUCCUAGUCUUCAGUAACAAUCUAGUCGAUAAAAUGUAAGCAAAAAAUACUUGAAGCCUUGGAUUGUGAGAAGGGAAAGUUCAUGGGAGCUUCUGUAUUCGGCUCUUAGGUAAGCUUUUGACUGCCUACUAAUGUCAAGAUAAUCACCAGCUUGAGUAAUAUUUGUAGGGUGUUUCCUCUUGUGUUCACACAUUACCUAAUGGGCAUCUGCUCAAUGUGAUUCUGGCUUUUAGAUUAUUGUCAUUCGCAAGUUCUUUUUUUGGAAUAUAGAUUUAACUUGUCAUGGCAUCCAGAUUUCUUUUCUACACGUACGUGUGACAGUGGACAUAGAGUUUUAAUUCAAUACAUAGAGCAAGUUUCUGAUGGAAAAGAGAGUACGUACGUUACGUAAUAGCAUUACCUCGCUAGGGUUUUAGACUUUUAGUUAAACGUUGGGUUGUUUUAUUAGAAUUAGUUAUUUUCUUCAUUUCUCUUUAGCAUAGAGAUGAUAUUUGUUUUCUUUUUGGUGUGGUGGGAUUUUCUUUUCAUGCAACCGAUGUAUUAUCAAAUA